GUUUGGUUGCAAUUGCUAUCCAGCAGAGCCCGAGCUCUCGAAAACCCAAACAACUCCAAAAAAGAAUAAAAAAACGAUUGAAAAGCCAUUGUUCUUCACCUGCAAAAAAAAAAAUGGCUGAUGAGGGCGCGUUAGCAAAUCAUUAUCAGGUGCUCGAGGAGCUUGGGAGUGGAAGUUUCGGGGUCGUGUACAAGGCCAUCGAGAAGGCGACCGGGGAGAUUGUCGCGAUCAAACAUAUCGAUCUCGAGUCGAGCGACGAUGAUAUCCAGGAAAUUCAACAGGAGAUCUCGGUGUUGGCUACGUGCGCGAGUCCCUACGUUACACAAUACAAGACUAGUUUCCUGAGAGGACAUAAGCUAUGGAUCGUGAUGGAAUACCUAGGUGGAGGCUCUUGCCUUGACUUGCUUAAACCAGGGCCAUUCAACGAAGCACAUAUCGCAAUCAUCUGCCACCAACUUCUGCUAGGUUUAGACUAUCUGCACCAUGAAGGGAAAAUUCAUCGUGAUAUAAAAGCCGCCAAUGUUCUCUUGUCGCAGACGGGAAAAGUUAAGCUGGCGGAUUUCGGGGUCGCAGCCCAACUCACAAACAUCAAGUCCCAACGGAAUACCCUUGUCGGGACUCCAUUCUGGAUGGCGCCGGAAGUCAUUCAGCAAGCGGGGUAUGACUUUAAAGCCGAUAUUUGGUCGCUUGGUAUUACUGCGAUGGAGAUGAUUAAUGGAGAGCCUCCGCACGCGAGCACACACCCGAUGAAAGUGUUGUUUCUCAUCCCGAAAGCGCCUGCUCCCAGGUUGGAAGGGAACAAGUAUAGCGCUCAUUUCAGAGAUUUCAUUGCCCAAUGUCUAAUCAAAGAUCCGGAUCGACGGCCUACCGCAAAAGAACUACUGAGGCAUAAAUUCAUCCGAGGAGCGGUGAAAACGGAACCUUUGCAAGAAUUAAUCCAGAGGCGUCAGGAAUGGGAGGCAACCAAGGGAGUUUCAGAUAACGUGAAAUACUACGCAGAGUCAUUGUAUGGAGCUACUCCAGAAACUCGGGCAGUUGCAGGCGCUAACAGCCAGAACAGAAAUACCAUUACUCGUAGCGAUGAUGACGAUGGUUGGGUAUUCGAUACUGUCAAGCCUGGUACUAUAGCUUCCGCAAAGAAUACCCAGAAGCGAUUAAGGGCCGCAACACACUCCCUCGAAGACCUUGACGAGGUUGCUGAGACGAUGGACCAUCUUGACGUUACUGAGCCCACGCCCGAGCGAAAACCUGUGAGAAACUCGACUGUGAGACGGACUUCCGUUUUGGAGCGGACAUCAUCCAUAAGGCGAUCAACUAGCAAACGAAAAUCGAGCGGUGCAAAGCAACCCUUAGGGGUUGACCUCACAUUUGGCAACAGUCCAUCCACGGUAAGGCAAUUCCGCCGCCUCUCUGACAGAGAGGACUGCGAGAAUGAAAUUCCGGGCACUAUUCCCGGAAUGGAUGAAACCCAUGCUCCGAAAACGCUGUUCUCCCCCGAGCCACAAAGCAAGGAAGCUGCGAUUGGUAGAAGGAUGUACAGCUGCGGUGUCGGACUGGCAUGCCAGGAGGCAUUGGCGAACACAUGGGACCAAGACAAAAGAGAGGCCAUUUCACGGCUCGCAGAAGCCUGGAGCGAGCUUGAAAUGGUUGACCCAGAGGGUCUCUAUCAGAUUGUCAAGGCGUCCUAUGAAAAACUUCAAGUAGACCCCAAAACCGCCGGCGCUCUUUCCAAGCCUGCUCCAAUUGAAUCUCCGCAAAGACCAAAGCUAAUGCUUGCUCAAAACAACCCGCACCUUAAGAGCCAUAAGAGACGCCAGUCAGCACAGCUUGCAGCGGAACAGUCAUCGUAUCUUGGAAACCUGAAGCUUCCAGGCCAGUCAGUUCCUGGCAUGGAGCAUACCAAGCAGCUUGCUGACGUUCUCUAUGGCCGUUGGAGUGAAGGUUUGCGGAACAGAUGGGCGGCUCCCUAGACCGUGAUUUUGUAAAAGAUAUCCAGGGGGAACAUCGAAUUGCACCCUGAAAUAUCCUUUUUUUUUUUUUUUGGUUGAGGAUCAUAUUUCAUGUAUAAUAUGGAUGUCGUUCGAGUGACUUUGCCUGAUAUCACUUUCAUUGCAUUUUGGCGUUUUCGUACCUUCGCUCGUUCCCUUUCUACCCUUUUUUUUCUUCUCUCGCUGUUGCUUGCUUGUCCAGCGGUCGAUCCGUACUUCUACCAUUCGUUCGGGAUUUUGGAAAUUUCAGGAGCCUUCCAUUGGGCGGCGUUAAGCGGGCGUCACGAGGCGACAUUUCGACUUGGUAUGUGAAUGGGCCAUCUUGUUCUCUCUCUCUCUCUCUUUUUUUUUUCCUUUUUUUUUUCUUUUCGUUUUUAAAUCUACAUAUGCCCGGUUGUUUGGCGUUAUUCUGUUUUCCAGAUAUCCCACACUACGUUUUGUGUCUUUGGAGCUCUGAUCUAUCUGCUCUCGCUUUCUUGUUCGGAGUUUCAACCAAUAAGGGCCCACAGGCCAUCUAUGGUUUAGACGGAUAUUAUGUAGCAGGUUUCAAUGCCAGUUGUCCGAUAUC